AUGGCGUCUAUUUCCCGUCAACCCUUUGCGCCCCUCGACGGUACUCGACUGCAGAAUCUGACAAGCAUUAAGAAUAGACAGAAUGCUGCUCCAUCAGCUACUGGCGGCAAGCGCAAAGCUUCAGACAGCGUAGAAACCGACGAUUGCGAAAAUGUCGACCCGUUUGCUUUUUCUAAGCGAUCUAAGAGCUCCGAAGCCUUCUACCCGUCAAAGGAUGUCCUCAAGCCUUCCUCCUUCAUCCUCACAAAGGCCGCGCCCCUCGCCGCAAGCUCCGUGUUGAAUUCCUCAAGGCCUACCCUCCCUCGCCCUCGCAGUCUACUCCAGCCCAAAUCGCCGUCAGCGAAGAUCAACACCGCUAUCGCCAAGUCCUCCCCACUCUCAGCUCCCGCUGGCCGUUCGCCGACUCGCGGCAAGCGGUCUGGCAUCCUUUCAAACCGUCGUAGAACCGCUGGUCCCUAUACGCGCGUAGACCCGCCUGCCUUCAACCUGCCUUCAUCCUCCUCGGCACCAUUCAGCCUCGAUGCUGCUCUCAAGGGGACUAUCCCUAGCUAUGCUGCCCGUUCCACCGUUGCCACGUCCUCGCGGAAUGCCGUCAAGGACCUUGACGAGCCUGACCUGAAGGCAUCUUGGUUCUUUGAUAUCCACGAGGAUACGCCAGAGCAAGAAAUGACCAACAUGCUGCAGCACGGAACUUGUGUCCUUGACAUUAGCUCGGAUGAAGAGAGUGAACGCAAGGCUAGCAGAGACCGCGCAGAGGGUCGCGACAAGGAGAAUGUACCGCCUGUCGAUGACGUUAGCCAGACAUCUGCACGUCGCUCUGCUCGUCGUACCAGUGAGGACGAGAUGAUCUUUGAGAAGGAGAGGAUAGCUCUGGGCGAGAUGGACGCUAGCGAAUUCUAUGCCUUCGGCUGCGACGAGUCAUCGAUCAUCAUCAUUCCUGCCGACGAAGAGGAAGAAGAAAACGAGGUGGCCCCUCAAACCGCAGUCCCCGAACUCCAAGAGCUCGUUUCGGAACCCACAGUAGUCCCGCUUGAGGUUCCCGUGGAAGAAAAAGGUGUAGACGAGCUCAUGGGCAAAUCCACAGAGACAGCAGCCAAGGCCGCGCUCUUGGAGCCAAUGGAGGGCACGGGUGAGAGCUUUGAGCUGUGGGAAAGUGGAAGCGCCAAAGAUGAAUCAGAGGUGGCGGUUGCCGAAUGCUGA